AUGGCCCCCAUAUUCGCCGACAAAUAUGAUUUCUGGUUAACACGUCAACAACUCAACACACUUCUGUCUUUAAACAAAAUGGACAAUCUUCCCAGUGAAAUACUGCUUGAGAUAUACAAAUACAUCGACGAUUUCUCCGACAGACGAAACAUCCUACUAAUCUGUCGGGGAUGGCGCGAUCUGUUCUCGUCGGAGAUUUACUCUGACUUGACCCUGAGGAUAGACCGAGAGCAGUUCGAAGGCUUUGUGCGUUCUCUGCGACAGAACCCUGCACUCAGCGCGGCCAUCUAUGACCUACGCGUCGAUGGCUUGGGCUUUGACGAAGACGAGGAUUGCUGGGGUGCAGAUGGUUACGACGACAUCCUGCAAAAGAUCACCACCGACCAAGAGGAGCUGGAGAGAUGGAAAGGCGAUCUAAGAAAAGCCACUGGCGACGCCUGGAUGGCCAUUAUCUUCACCCUCCUUCCGAAUCUGCAACGCUUCAAAGCUGAGUAUGGCGAUUACCCAACAACGUGGAUCAUCCGGGUUCUAUCCCAAGUCGCGACACGCUCAGUCACAUUCGACCAUUGUCCAACAGGGAUGCCGCUGCAGAAUCUCCAAGAAGUAGAGAUCGAGCACGGUGACUGCCACUGCAGCUUUCCGGCGAGCGAAUUCUUCCCUUUCUUUCUUCUCCCAGCCAUGAGGGUCUUUGAAGCGGGCGCGAUUUACGAGCAGGCUGAUGAUGAAUUGCACUACGAUGCUGAAGACUAUCCGCCGCCGAAGCCUUCUCCUGGAUCUUCUAGUAUCAAGAAGUUGAUUCUCAAUUCCACUACGGGCUACCAUGGAAUGGCCGACUAUAUCACAGCCUGUGCGGGUCUGGAGCAUUUCCAGUACGAACACCGAUGUCUCGCCGUUAACGAUGCUCUUUACUACGCGUGGAGGCCUCAGCUGAUCCACGAUGCUCUGCUUACUCAGACACACAGUCUGGAGCUACUAUGGGUGUCCAAUGACAGUUGUGCGGAUAUAUUCUAUGAGUACGACGACGUGGAAGAGGACCCGGACGAGAUGUGGUUUGGAUCGCUGGUGGAAUUCGAAUGCCUGCGUGAGGUCUGCAUGCCACUGCGUAUUUUGCUCGAUUUCCGUCACGGCGACCAGCCGACGGUGUCUUUGGAUGAGGUUCUUCCGGAUAGUCUCGAGCAUUUCCGUUUGGAAGAUGUGCAGGAAAGGGACUAUCCUAUUGCUGUGAAUGGGCUGAAUGCGAUGCUUCUACGAAGACCAGACUUUCCCUUGCUGGAGGGUAUUGAAUUACAGACAUAUGGGAAGGAGGGUGAAGCUUUUGCAGGAGUUAAGGAGAUAUGUGAGGCAGAGGGAGUCAAGCUGUGCAUGGUUUAA